AAAUUUUUAAAUGUUAAUUCUCAAACUGUAGACUGUGUAAUACUAUAUAAAUAGUUGGAACUAGCGCAGGAUAACUAAGUUGACAUCAACAUGAAGUUCUUCAAAGUUGCUAUUUUGUUGUGUGCGGUCGUUGCGGUUAAAGCUCGCGCUCGCCGUGAUAUCAGUGAAGAAGAUGAUGACUUUUCUGAUGAACCCGGCAGGAUCGUAGGAGGAUCCUUCGUUGAUAUCUCGCAAGUCCCAUACCAGGCUGUCCUUCUGAUUAAUUCCCGUGUUGGUUGCGGUGGCAGUAUCAUCGCCGACCGUUGGAUCCUCACCGCCGCCCAUUGCGUACCCGGAGUAUCUGCCUCUCAAGUGCGAGUUCGCGUAGGUUCAUCCAACGCCUACAGCGGUGGCCAAGAACUGCAGGCUGUUGCCAUUUUCUACACCAACAAAUACAACUCCCGCACAACUGACUACGAUGUUGCGCUGAUCCAAGUGAACAAUGUUAUCACCGCCGGCAGAAGGAUUAACUUAGCUACCAGCGAACCUGGUGCAGGAACCGUCGUAAGGGUCAGUGGUUGGGGCGCCCAGAAUUCCGGUGGUUCCACCACUACUUCCUUGAAAGCCGUAGAUGUCUCCAUGGUAUCUAGGAGUUCUUGCCAACGCAGUUACGGAGCUAGUGCCAUCACUCCUAGGAUGAUCUGCGCUGCUAGAACUAACAGUGACUCUUGCCAGGGUGAUUCCGGUGGUCCUUUGGCUAUGGGCAACACUUUGGUGGGCAUCGUCUCCUGGGGACGUGGAUGCGCCCUUGCUGGUUAUCCCGGAGUAUACACUAAUGUGGCCAAUUCUGAAAUCAGACAAUAUAUUAGACAAAUCGCCAAUGUUUAAAGUUUGAUAAAAAGGGAAAAGGAUAUUAUAAACUAUUGCAAGCAUA